GCGGCAUUGUGGCAGACGGGUUUAUUUCUUUCUGGUCGUGGUUGGAAUACGAUGUGACAACUGCAACAAAUGAUGCCAUAACGAAUACAGUGAACUCACUAUAUCCGCUUAUGGGAAUUACAAAUAUGGAAAUUUGCUAACGUCAGAAGUAAAUGGUAGUUUCUCACUCUAAAGGAUCGAUAGACUAAGCUGCAGAGGUGGCGUUAUUCAGUGCUUAAAGAGCACUGUAACCAUACGAGAUAUCAAGACAGUAGCACAUAAAUCCCGAACAUUUGAGUUGGUGCAGUGCCGGCUCGGAUGUAAAGGGAAUAUGGCUGGAAGUAGGUGGCCGGCUGCAGUGGCUCCUACUAACAGAGUCGGCAAUGCUUCUCGAGCAAAACAAGUUAUUUUCGAACCUACAUUUGCCAAAAUGGAAAAAGAGAAUUACUCUUUAACUCAGCGACUAAAGGAAGCUUUCUAUAAGGUUGAGAAGCGGUAUCCUGGUUUCAGUAAAGAUUUCAUGAUUGGCUUGCUUCAGCGGAUGGGAGUCGAUAGUGAAAUCGACGUGACUGAAACGUGUUUACGGAUUGCUGCUCUUCAAGAGUGUGAUAAUCCAAGGACGUCAAGAAAUCCUAGAGUUUUGGAGUUGGAACUUACGGCUAAGACCUUAAAAACUAUUCUUAGUAGCAUACCUGAUGAAAUUAUCGACCGCAGAGCAUUUAUAGAAGUCAUCAAAGGAAUAGCAGAUGCAAUAAAGAUGUUGUUAGCUGCUGUGGGUGCGUUUUAUGAUACGUUACCACCAGGAACACAAAAGAAAUGUCUUGAAGAUCAAAAACGAAAAUUUAUCACCUACUGUCGUAAAUUCAGUGACACUUUAAAGCAGUACUUUAGGAACAACGAUCAAACUGUGGUUUUCAGCAGCGCAAACCUUCUGGUUAGCCAAACCAACCUAAUUUUGUUUGUGGUUCAUGAUGUAGAUUGAAGAAAAGGGAAAAAUGCCACCAUUGUUAAUAUUUUGUGCUUACUUCGGAUUAUAUUUCCUUAUGAAUGUGAUUUAUGAAUAGUUUUUACUUUUGCGUAAACAUCUAUAGUAAACUGGUUACUUUUUUUAAACAUUAAAAUUGCUAUUUCGCGUUACUUUAUUCCAAAUAUUUGACUAAGUGACAAAUUAUUUUGCAUCAUUACUUAUACUUUCUUUAUUUCCAGCUCCUUGUGAAUUGAGAAUAGAAGCUUUUUACGAAAUAGGAUAUAAAAUUAUUUGUGCUUCAAGUUUGACUUUUACGCCGCAUAGUGUGACCUUUUUGACAAACCAUAUAAACUUGUACAAUUUAUUUAGCUACUUGUGAUAGAUGAUCUU